UACAUAGGGAUUACAUGUACGACGUGAGUAGCUCGCCAAUUACAGUAUUAGAAAAUCCUCCAGCGCUGGCUCCUCGUCCGUAUCAGCGAUUACUGUACUGUAAUUGUUCUCCGUAUCAGGAAGUGUCCUGCUUAUCGAAACUGGGAGAGAAACAAAACUCGUGAGGAAGAGAAAUACACAUACUUUUCCCGCGUAGCGCCUUUAUUUCUGCUCCUCACGCACCCAUCGCCAUGUCGGUCAAAACUUUUGGCACGAAGAUUUUGAAAUCGAACGACAUCAGUACAAUUGCAAGUGAGUUUGUUUCGAGGGCUCGAUUAGCAGCUGGAGCCGGUGCAUCUGCCAGCAGUAUCUGGCACAUUCUUCAGAAAGAGUUGUCCCCUUCUCAAUCGUUCGACGUUCACCAGAAAUGUUACGACAAAAUAUACGAAGGAAUCGACGACGUCAAGCCAUCGUGGAUUCCUUCGAAGGAAGAUAGAGAAAGGACAAAUAUUUUCAAAUCGAUGACUGCUAAAGGUUUUUCGAAGUACGAAGACUUUUAUCAAUGGUCAGUGGGUUCGAAAUCUCGCGAUGACUUCUGGAUGGAAAGUACCAAGAACAUAAAGAUUGAUUGGGAAACGGAACCUUCCUCGGCCUUCAAUCUGACCGAUGGUGGGGCAGCUCAUGUAAAUUACUUUCCCGAAGGACGACUCAACAUAAGUGACUCUUGUUUUAACAAGAGAGACCCACUCGAGCCUGCCCUUGUAUACGCCGUGGAAUCCGAUUCGAGGAAUCUGCGGGAGAUGUCGUUCAAGACUCUCGACGUUCUCUCCAAUCAAAUUGCAAACGGAAUCACGCACAAGUUGGGAUUAAAAAUAGGUGAUGCUGUUGGCAUUUGCAUGCCAAUGACUCCAGAAUCUGUUGUUAUCUAUUUAGGAAUAGUCAAGGCUGGGUGUGUCGUCAUCUCGAUCGCAGACUCAUUCUCGCCAGACGAAAUAGCGACCAGAUGCAGACUGAGCAACGCAAAAGCUAUCUUCACACAGGAUGUCAUCUUUCGCGGAGAAAAAUUCUUACCUUUGUUUGAGCGAGCUUUGGAAGCAGAUUCAAUUCUUCAGCAAUCGGGAAAAGACAAUUCGUGUUCGAUGAAUAUUGUGGUGCUUCCCGGAAUGCUACACGCAAAAGCCUAUCCACACGCGUCCAAAGACGCGAAUGGCUCAACUUGGACUGAUACAGAUAGAGACGGAAAGCAAGUUCCUUUACAUGAUUCUAUUUUAACAUUAUUGCGACAAGAUCACGAUAUGAGUUGGUAUGACUUGUUGCACCUUUGCAGCGAACAAUACAAAAGUAAAAAACGAGGUGCCAUGGACCCGUGCAAUAUUUUAUUUAGUAGUGGAACAACUGGUGAACCAAAAGCAAUCGUCUGGUCUCAUAGCACUCCAAUCAAGGUUCGUAGAAUACUCGAUGCCAUCUGUGAAAAAAAAACAGCAUGUAUUUGUGGGCAUUCUUCCUCACCGCUACUUUUUUCUGUGUUCAGAGUGCCAUAGAUGGAUACUAUCACCAAGACAUCAAGGUUGGGGAUAGAGUCGCUUGGCCAACUAAUAUUGGUUGGAUGAUGGGGCCAUGGCUGGUGUUUCAGCUCAUCAAUGGGGCUACAGUUGGUCUUUUCAACGGAAUUCCUUCGACAAAAUCGUUUUGCGAGUUCAUCGAUGAGGCAGAAAUAACCAUGCUCGGAGUCGUUCCUUCCCUUGUCAAAUCCUGGCGAGCUAGCAAUGCAACUGAAAAUUGUGACUGGAGCAAGAUCCGUAGGUUCAGCUCUACAGGAGAAGCUUCCGAUCCAGCAACCGCCUUGUGGCUCAUGUCGAGAGUGCAAGGAUAGUAAGUAUUCUAGUGAAAUGGAUAGCAAUCAUCGAUUCACAUUGACAUCGUUGUGAUCGGAUACAUUACUAUAGGGACAGCUAAUAGCUUCCGUUUCAUCAUCGUUCUUUUCACUUUACAGCGCUCCAGUAAUCGAAUAUUGUGGUGGUAUGUGAUAUUUAUGAUUAUUGCAAGAAUUCAAAAAUAUGCAAGUAGCUCUAUCACUGACGUUUUGCUUCGUCAACUUUUUCUUCUGUCUUCUGCAGGGACCGAAAUUGGUGGGUCGUUCUUAUCAUCAACACUAAUGGACGAAAACGUACCUGCUAUGUUUUCUACUCCUGUGCUCGGAUCAAAAUUCCUUUUGCAUGGUUCGGAAGGCUUCAUUAAAGGUGGCUCCUUUGAAACAGACAUUGAUGGAUCGAACAGCGGAGAGCUCGUUCUCAUCCCUCCAGCAGUUGGGAUGAGUACCGUACUUCUGAACAGAGAUCACUAUGAAGAAUACUACAAAGGAAUGCCAUCUAGUCCCGACGGAGAAGUGCUCAGAAGACACGGGGACGAAAUUGAGUACGUGCGGAGCUCGGAUCAUCUAUCAAAAAAGAAUGAAGAUUUAAGAACCCCCUAUUAUCGUGCACUUGGUCGCUCUGACGACACCAUGAACAUUGGAGGUGAGAUAAAUAUAUAGCGUCGAACACUGGUUCUGCAAUACAUUUUUCCUUACAAAAUGGCUGUCUUUUGCUGGAAAGGGAUUAAAAUCGGAAGCGUGGAGAUCGAAUACGCUUGCAACCUUGUGGAUAACGUUCUUGAAACUGCAGCGAUUGGUGUUAGCGAGACAAAAGGCGGGCCAUCAAACUUGGUGAUCUACGUUGUUUUAAAGAACGAGGAGAAAAGUACAAAAGAGAAGGGAAUCAACAAGGAAAGCCUCCAGGCUGCUAUGCAGACAUCAAUUAAGACGAAACUGAAUCCUCUCUUUGGAAUAAGUGACGUAGUGAUUACUGAUUAUUUACCGAGGACCACGUCCAACAAGGUUAUGAGAAGAGUACUGAGGGACCAGUAUGUUGCCGCCAUGUAGAAAAAUGAACUGAAACGCGAUUGUACUGCACCUGGAUCACUACAGUACUCAUGGACAGCAUAAUAGUGCGAGUGUUCAACUAUUCAAAUUCGAAAUCCGGGACCGGUAAUUCAGCGAUGAUUAGCCUUUCGCUCUCAUAUUUACACCCUGCAAUAGUGCAGUAAGGAGAUAAGCAUAUUAUUUGACAAAUUUUUGUUGCACGAGCAUAGAAAACGAGUUCUCUCUGAAGCAAUUUGUUCAAAUGGAAAAUAUGAAAGUCGCUGCUAUCGAUUGUGUUUCACGUUCAGCAUUUCCUUUGACCAUUCAUACACCGUGAACAUGGUGCCAACCAUCGGUAUUACUUUCAGUAACUCGGGUGUCAGUCCUCUAUAAACGCUCCCCAAUCCCUCGUACCGUACUAAUCGUAUCAGCUGUUCUAGAGACGAAAGUCGGUGUUCCGGAUCAACAUGAAGAUUUUGAAUUUGCAUCCGUCGUCUAAUGGUAUCCAUUGGAAAUGUUAUUAUUGUAGCAGAGCAACCACUGCACGCCCCGCACAAAACCGUUAGUAUCAUUCCCAACUUCGGCUCGCCGGACUCUGCAUCGACUUUUCGAAGGUUAUAAAAUAAAUCAUCGUCCAAAGUGUAUUCCUUUAGAGUACCAUACACGGAAUAUGAAAGAGCGAAAUUGGGGACGGCGACCAACAAAGUGGGACCAAUACCAGAAUAAAACCCAGCGAUGCCUUCUUUCCUAUAAAUUUGUGUAAAAGCAUCCUUGAUCCCGCGAUAAUGUUCGUGACCUUCGAACUGUGUUGUCAAACGUGUUCUUACUAAAUCCAAGGGAUAGCACGCUGUAACGGCUAUAGUUCCCGCUGUGGCACCCGCGAGGAAUUUGUGGGACGGAAGGGUGUCAUCUGGUGUCAUUGAUUUGCUUAUUUUUACAUUUGAUCGGUCACUAUCUCUGGUUUCGAUGCUCACUCUUUCAUUUUCUUCGCCGCUACUAACUACUCUAUGCGACAUUCUACGGGCGAGGGUUGUUACUGUUUCAGUUGUUUCUUUGUGUUCCGCUCUCAUUCCUGUCAAGCAGUCGAGUGUAUUUUCAUACACGAAAAAGUUGAUCGCAGAGUAAGGAAAUCGAUGGAGUACCGAUGUCAUAUUUCCCCGCCAUAAAGAUUUCAUGCCACC